ACCAAAACAAAAACUAAAGAGUGUUAGCAAAUCAGAAAGAGCCUAUUUCCUUUUCAGUGUGUCUGCAGUUCUACAUUUCCAACAAUCUUCCUUUCAGCCAUGGCCCCAAAAAUGAUGAUCAAGCCACAACCAGCAGCUUACUCCACUUGCCUUCUUCUCCUCUCCAUCAUCAUUCUCUCCCACCAUAUUCACUCCAUUGAAGCAGCCAGGGGAUUCAAACUUACCCAAAAUACCCUUGACAACAGCAGCAACACCAGUACUAAAGGCUCGGCCACCGUUGAGGUGGAAGAUGCUGUCGUCACCGGUCCACCACCGCCGGUGGUGGCUACCGGCGAGCCCCAGCAGCAGCAGCCUCCGUCGGCAGCUGCCCCGGGGCGCGGCACCGACGAUUUCAGGCCCACCACGCCGGGACACAGCCCCGGCGUUGGACAUUCUACGCAUAACUAAGCUGGCGUCCAUUGAAGUCGCGUUGGGGAAUGUGUGUACUUCUAUGAAGGUGGUUUAUUAUUCGUUAGGGUUUAUAUUGUCAUGAAAUUUAAUGUGUUUUAGGGGUUAGGAUUAGUUCAGGAAAUUUAAAUAUUUGUUGUUCAGUUCAAAGUUAAAUAAAAAAGAUUUGUAUGGGAAUACCGUAAAUGGGGAGUUCUGUACAUUGUAAAUUGCUUCAAUCCAGUAAUUUAAGAUUUCUUUUUUUUUUUUUUGCCCCCCUCUGAUUUCAAGUAGUUUGAAAAAACAUUUGAUUGUUCAUCGACAUCGUGGCAAUAGAGUGAUUUAGAACUAUAGUAGUGGUGUGUUUGAGUCUUGUUGACUCUUUAUGGAAAUUUUUUUUAAUACUUCUUUUAAUAUAGUAGUUGUAAUGGGAAAAAGAUAAGUUACAAAACUCUAAUCCUAUAAAACCUCUACAAAAUUUAAUCAUUCACCUUCCAUCGUAUUUUCCUCAUUUAAUAACUCAGAUUAAUUCAUAACAAAGGAGAAAUUAAGAGGGGCAGUUGGUAAUUUCAUCACAUCCAGUAUAUUUUUUUUUUUGUCCAGACACUCUGACACAAAUCCAGAAGAAAGAAGACACUUUUCUUAAUCUCAUAUUAUCUACACAAUGAUAUCCACUUUGUUAUAUUUUGAACAAAGAAAAAAAAUUAACUCUUUAAACCACGCGUCAAUAGUAAUGUUAUCACUUUCAUAUCUAUUACAUUAUCAUGAUAUGACAGCUGUAUGAUGAGCCAGCUCCUUCAUUUUAUGUCAUAAUAUAGUCAUAAUAUAAUAAAAACUGUAUAGAAAGAACGCAAUGCUGAAGAUCUAUACAACGAUAUUCAUUUUGGUAUGUUUUGUCAAACAUAAAAUCUCCUACCAACAUCAUAUCAAUGUCAUACCCACAUCAUAUCAGUGUCAUAUCAUGAUAUUAUCGCGAUCACAUAGUGAUAAAUUUACUCUUCAAACCAUGUGUCAGGACUAGUAUUAUCACUGUCAUAUCUAUCAUAAUAUCAUGAUAUGACACUAAUAUGAUGUCAUCAAAUUAUUUUGACAAGUAUUAGACCUCAUACCAACACCAUAUCACCAUUAUUAUACCAAUAUCAUAUCAACAUAUACCACUACCAUAUCAAUAUCAUGUCACAAUGAUAUCAUAUCAUCAUAGUUAAUGAUAAUAUCGUGAUAUGAUUGUGGUAAGAUGACAUAAAAAAAAUUAUACGUGAUAACUGAUAACUCUUUUUUUAAUAAUACUGAAAGAACUCGUUAAUUAUAACUUACCUAAUGACAUCCAUUUGUUAUGUUUUGAGCAAGGUUUAAGAAGUUGCUAGGCAAGGUUGGCACACUUAAGCAGCGCCUAAGCGGUGCCUACACGUUUUAAGAGAAAAAUUAUAUUGCAAUUGUUAGUAGAAAUAACACUUUAUAUAACUUUUUACUCUAGUCCAAUUUCAAACUAUUAAGAAUUUAACUAACCCUCAAUAAAACUUAUUAUGAUUU